CAGCGCUGAUCCGCGGUUUUUAACGCCGUGCGAAGGGAAAAAAAAGGUCACUCCCAGCCAUUGUCCCUCGCGCACCCCCGCGCUGGCGCAUCCCCCGCCUUUCCCUAACGGCGGGGCGCGGGGCUGCGGCUGCCGGGCGGCGGGAGCGGAGCGGGGCGCGCAUGCUCGCCCCUCCCAAGUCUCCUCCCCCUUUCCCGAUACCGGGCGACUGGCUGGAUCAUUUCCGCGGGUGCGGAGCGGCGGCUCAGGCGGCGCCUACAGCGGCUGUGCGGUUUCAGCACCACGGCGGCGGCGGACAGCGCCCGGCGGGGCGGCGCGGAGCGGGGCUUGCGGGAGCGGCGCGGGCAGCGCUCGGCCCGCUCGGGGGCUGCGCCCAGGCAGGAUGCUGCUCAGACUGGGGGUCGUGCUGCAGGCGCUGCUGCUGCUGCUGGCGAGCGGGGGGCACGGCUUCCCGAAGCCCGCGGGGGAAGAUAAAGCUAUACACAACAGACAAUUAAGUGUAGAAAGACCUUUGGAGGAACAGAUUGCUGAAGCUGAGGCAGACAAGAAUAGGAAAGCAGUUCCUACAGAAAAUAAGCCAGAGUUCAGGAAUUAUUCCUUUGUUGAUGACCUGAACCUGCUAAAAUCAGUAGCAGAAAGAGAGAGGAAUGAAAAGGAGAGGGAGUCGAUUAGAAGCUCUUUGUAUGAACAGCAGCUGGCCAUUGAUGAUGCAGACUCCACCAAGAACCGCAGGCUUGUGGAUGACUAUGACUCCACGAAAAGUGGACUGGAUUAUAAAUUCCAAGAUGAUCCAGAUGGCCUCCAUCAAUUAGAUGGCACUCCUUUGACUGCUGAAGACAUUGUUCAAAAAAUUGCUGCAAGAAUAUAUGAGGAGAAUGAUAGAGGAGUGUUUGACAAGAUCGUUUCAAAACUUCUAAAUCUGGGGCUAAUCACAGAGAGUCAGGCCUAUACCCUGGAGGAUGAAGUGGCAGAGGUUUUACAACAGCUAAUUGCAAAUGAAGCAAAGGACCGUGAGAAGGAGUCUGAAGAUUUUGAUUACCCUCCAAGCAGAGCGGACAGUGAUACAAAAGAAAGGCAACGGGAAAGAAUGACACCAAGCAAAGCUGAUCAGGACAGUUUCAUUAAUGGAGAAAUUGAUGAUACACUGGAUAACACAUGGUCAUCAUCUAAUAUCUUGGAAAGAAGAAAUGAGCUGCCUUCUGAAGAUAAUUUUGAAGACCUGCAAUAUUUUCCAAACUUUUAUGCUCUAUUAAAAAGUCUUAACUCAGAGACAGAGGCAAAAGAGAAAGAGACCUUGAUAACUAUCAUGAAAACCUUGAUUGAUUUUGUAAAGAUGAUGGUUAAAUAUGGAACAAUCACACCAGAAGAAGGCGUUUCCUAUCUGGAAAACUUAGAUACCAUGAUAGCUGAGCAGACAAAGAAGAAGCUUGAGAGCCCUUCUGCUAAGACGAGAACAAAGUUACCAGCAGACAAGAGUAGUGAAGAAGCAGACAGCACGAAGGAAGAAGCAGCUAAAAUGGAAAAGGAAUACGAAAUUUCAAAGGAUUCUACAAAAAAUGAAGAACAGGCUGCAGCAGGAAACAGUGAAGAGCCCAGAGGGAAAGCUGAGGCAUAUUUGGAAGCAAUCAGGAAGAAUAUAGAAUGGCUAAAAAAACACAACAAACAAGGUAACAAAGAAGACUAUGAUCUUUCAAAGCUGAGAGAGUUCAUUGAUCAGCAAGCUGAUGCUUAUGUGGAGAAGGGCAUCCUGGACAAGGAAGAGGCUGAUGUAAUUAAACGCAUAUAUGGCAGCCUGUAAAAAGCUAGUGGCUGCCAAACAUGUAGAAAACUAGCGUAGCUUCCCCCACUCCCAGCUCAAUAACUUAUGAUCUGUUAUUUUUCAAAAUAUCAUUAGAAAUGCUCUGUUUACAUUGUACUGACAACUUUCUAGACAGAAAUGAAGAGCUGUAGUGAUCCCUACACUGACUGCAUACUCUCUUCUCCUACACUCACAAAUUGACCCCAAACACCAAAAUCUGAUACUGAAUCUCUGUUUGACAGGGUAAAUAUUUAUGAAAUGUUCUCUUUGAUUUAUUAUUUGUAUUUGGUUUGCUUUUGUAGAUAAACCAAUCAUUUCUGAUGGAAAGUUCUUUUAAUGCUACAUCUUUUUGCUGUCACUCCACUAGCUUUCUAUAGAUGCAACUAUGUAAAGGGCAUUAUUACAAAUAGUUUGUAGGUCUCAAAAUAAAAUAUUUGAAAAUAAUUUACCUAUUAAAGUUUCCAUUAAUCUCAAUAUGAUUUUAUAUCAAGAAAUCUUGGUUUUAAAUCUGAAUACACUUUCUUUUCCUUGAUCCUUUCUUAUUUAUGUAGUAUUCUAUAACUUGGACUAUAAUGUCCUUAGCUAACUGGUGCAUCUUUGACACUAUAACUGCCUUUCUUAUUACAGAGCUGUAUUCUCCCAUCUAUUGCUUCAUUCAGCAUGUAUAAACAUUCUCUUUGGUGCACCAUUUGAUGAUUGUGCAUGCAUAAUUAGUUUGAAUUCCUAAUGUGAGUAGCCUGAUAACAACUGUAAAUGGACAUUACUUUCUUUAAAGAAAAAAAAAGGAAAGCAAUUCCAGUCAUUUUGCAUGGGAAUGGGAUUUUGCAACUAGAAGUGUUUUUAGGAGCAUGGACCUUGCUUUUCAGAAAGACUUAAGGAACCUAUUCUGUUUCAGCAUCUCUGAAUAUCAAGGCUGUGGUGUGUUUAGUGACAGCAGUAUUUUGGAAAACUGUUUUUUGGGCACAUAUAUUCUAUGAUUAGUUAAGAAUUUCGUACCUCCUAAAGAAAAACAAAGGAAAAAAAUGUUGCCCUCAUUUUUCUUCUGCAACUUACACAGUUUUUGAAGGAUGGCUUUUGAAGAAUGGUUUUAUAUUUAAGUGAAUGGAUAAUUUUAUGUCUGAAGAACUUAUGAAGGAAGAUCAAAGGCAAAUAAGUUUUCAGAAAAAUAACUUUUAAACUGAGUUCCAGAAGAUGUAAAUCCCGAGACUCAUCCCCUGCAGCACUCAUUUGUCUAAAUGAACUCCAGGAAAGUCCCAUUCUCUUCAGUUAUAGAUUCUUCAUUCUCAUAAUUGAGAUUAUCCCUUCUCUGAUUUUUUUUAAGAACUCAUAAUAUUUCUGAGAUUGAUACUGUCAAAAGAUGUUAGCUGAUGCAGAGGUCAGUAUCUGCCUGACAGUGAAGGGAUACGCUGACUUAAGUACUGCCUGCACAGCACUAAGUUCCGUAAAGGUGAAAUGGGCAGAUCGGUUCCUUCCUUAUUUUCUCAGCACAGCGGGAGGUUUGAGCAAUGUUUCUUAGCCAAAUGAAGAACUAUGGAAUCACUGUAAAACAUAAAUUAUCAACUGAACAUUAUCAACAGAACAUUAUUGGUAACAAAUAUUAAAUGAGUGAUAGCAAUGAGGUUUUGCUAUCAUCUGUUUGAAAACUGAUGAGACAUAAGCCAGUGAGUGCUUUCUAGCAUAUAAAAAGUACAUCACUGCAUGCUCCUACACAACAUGGUAUGGAUCCUUGAAUUGCAGUAGCAGUCACUAAUGGUGGCAUUUAUUUUAAGAUAAAAACUGUAUCCAGAAAUUUAGUCAAUGUAACCUUCCGGUCUGGGUAACAGUCCCUUAGAAAGGUUGCAGAAAAUGAUCAAGAAAGAAGAAUUCCUGUUACUUUGAAUCAGUGUAUUUAUUCUCAUCUAAACCCUCUAAUGUUUUUAUGAUUAUUUGCUAAUGUUCCCUAAGAAAAUAAUUUCUUCCUGUCCCUAUAGAUGUUGUUUUCUGCAAAAGCUGUGACUCACUCUCUUACGUGACUGUAACACUGGAAAGGUGGACUUCUGGGUUUGUUAAAGAACUCAGGAGAAAAGAUAACCACAGACCUUUAGAACUGGGGGGGAGGUAGUAAUCUAGGACCUGCACUUGAAAAACAAACCCAACAAACUUGCCUUCCCCAAUGGCUACUUUAAAAAAAGAUAACCAAACUUUCUUCUCCUGUCAAUAUAAUGAGUAGUAUAAUAAUACUUUUAAUUUUCCUGGGAAGUGAGGUUCUUACUUUGUCCUCUCAGGAGUCUACACAGGAGUCCAGUAUUAACGGAAAGAUGUCAUCAACCAGCAAGCUGUGAUGACAAACAGUUUGUGUCCACAAAAAGUCUGGAACAGUAUUUUUCAACCACUUAGUUUUGCAGAUUUUUUAGCUUCAACAAAGCAUAGAUGACAUCAUUUAGGAAAAAAAAAAUUCUGAAGAAUGGGUAUGACUCGAUUCUAGUUCCGAGCAUGCAUGUUCUUGGGCCUGUUCUGUGCUUGCACUGCUGCUGUGCAUCACUUGGGGUACACACAUAAACCAGUUAGAGCAACUUGAUGAGGAGCUGAGAACACAGCAAGCCCUCUGACAAACAGACGAGUAAUCUCAGCUAUGUUCUUCAGACUAGAUUCACUUCCCAUCCUGCCCAAGCCCAUUGAUUUAAAUGCUUCACAUAACAACUUUAACUGCUGGUACCUCUAUCUGUAGAUCACACCUUGCAGAACUAGCCAGUAAAAACACAGCCAGCCUAAUGAAUCGCCCUGCAUUCCUAAAAGGCUAUGACUUCUACUACAUAAAAUCAAACUGAGUGACGCGAGUUUCAGCCUGCACUACAGAGGAGUCCUUAUUUUGAAGGGAACACUUCGAGCAAAUUAGCACCGCACAUCUGCUGCUAGUGUGUUUAAAACCUGAUCAGUAAAUCUGUCAGUGCUUUCCUUUUUCCUGGUGAGAAAGGCAUUUUCAACACCUGCACAUCUCUGGUUCUAAAUUGACAAAAAUCAAGUUUCUGUGUAGUUUGCAUCUCUGCUGGAUCCUUCAGAAAUCUUUCACUCCCUAAAUUA